AUGGAGGUGUGUAAAGGCGUAACCGAACCUCCCAAACGAAAUUUGCCACGAUGGCCAAUUCGAUCAAAUGCGUUCUGGCACAUCCAGCAGCCUGAACUUCCAUCUCCAGCGGGCAAAUUUGACCCACGAGAAAAGCCAGCAAAUCCAAGCCCAUCACCAGAAGAACGCAGUGGUUUCGAGAUAUCCUUAGCUGUCUGCUUUGGUGUAAAUCAGAAUCCAUGGCAAGGUCGAGACCCGGGGCCAUAA